AUGAUUCAGGCACCCAAAGAAGUAUAUCUGAACAAUGCUUUGAUGGCCUUUGUUCAACUGUUCUAUAAACAGUCGGAUUGUUCGCCACCAAAAGAAACAGAUCCUUACAUUGAUUAUUUCACAAGUUCUUCAAUAUUGAUUAUGGGUUCAAACAAGGUUCAGGGCCACGAAGAGAUCGGGAUCCUUAGGAAAAAUAUGUGGCAGAAAGUCACUAAGAGGAAACAUACGGUGAAAAAUAUUGCACCAAUUAGUGAGGCGUCUUUUUUAUUAAGCGGAUAUGUAGAAUAUACAUUGAUAAAUGGAAAAACCUUGAAGACGGAUUGGGCAGCCCAUAUGGUCUUUGAAAAUACUGAAUUUCAGAAAAUGGGGUUUUAUCAGGUUUAUCUCGACUCUUCACAAAUGAUCAAUGCCCUCGGAAACUGA